CUAUGAUUUUCUAUGUAAAAAUACUAAAAAGUCCCCUCUUUUCAUUAUCUACAUAAAGCUCAAAGCGUCUCUCUCUUAAUUUCAUACUGGAAUCAACAAGAAGAAUGGCAAAAGCUAUGGAGCUCUGGGUUGGAGAGAUGAAAAAGAUGGGUGAGAAGAUAAACCAUAGAAACCCGUUGAUGCAAAACAAGAAGAGUACAUCUUCUAUUGUGUCCAAACAACAACAAGGAGAAGAAGAAAGAGGAGUUGCUCAAAAUGUGAGAGAAAAGGAUACAACUAUGUCUGAGCUCACUGUCUGUCUUCUCAUGGACCGUUUUGUUCCAUGGUGAUCCUCCAAUAUAGUAUUUUUUAGAUCUCCCCUUUGUUGAUGUUUGUUUAUAUAUCCAGAGUUAUAUGUAUAUAUAUAUGUAUAUAGAUGUUGUAUAUGCAGUCCAUGAUCUUAAAUUUCCAUGUAAAUCUAUGAGGGUAAUGUGUUUUGAGGGCUAUAAUUUGUUUUAUUAGCCAAUAUACAGUGUUUAAUUAUUAUAAUAAAAAUGAUGACAGCUUUCUUUUGAUAA